CCGACUUACAUACUGUUGAACAUCGGAUGCAAGGCCGGUGUGCUAAAGCGGAGUAGCAUACAUGCUUUAUGCCACAGCGAAGCCUGCGCUUCAUGGAGCCACUAUAUACGUACCUACAUAUACCUUAAGAGACCUGGUUACCACAACUGCAUUGUCCUCGAUCGAUAUUCACAGACAGGGUCUUGAUACCACUUCCCCAUUCCACACGCCGUGAGAGCCAUCCUCUCACAUAACAACGCAAACAUGAUCAACAUGGAUCUUUUGACGCUGGACAUGGCCAAAUUCCAUGGUACCAAGUCGGAGCAGCGAGAGUUUUCCAACCAAUUUCUUCAGGGCCUGACAGAUGCCGGCUUCGUCAAGCUUGUCAACCAUGGCCUGACUGAGGAGGAUAUGACCAUGUUGUUCAAGCAGAGCGCUUCUAUGUUCACUCUACCGAAAGAGGAAAAGGAGAAGUUCGCGAAUGUGAAGGGUCCCAAGCCUCAACGAGGAUGGAGUCACCCUGGUGCUGAAUCGACAGCCACAUUGAACUUACCUGGGACGCGAGAGAUCAACGACACUACCAUCAGUAUGGACAUGGUCGACAACGUAGGCCGCACAGACUUGAAGGAGCACUUCGACAUGGGCCCUGUCGGCGACCCAGAGUUCCCCAACGUCUACCCCUCCAACUCUGCAGCCCCCGGGUUUCAAUCGUGGAUGGAGAAAUACUUCGAAAAAGGGCAGCAGCUAUCACUCGACCUGAUGCGAGCACUCGAGGUAGCCAUGGAGUUGCCCAAAGACGCCCUUGUGGACCGCUGCGAAGGCCAUGCGAGCGAGAUUCGCAUGAUCCACUAUCCAGAGACACCGCUGUCCAAGCUGGCGGACGGCAAGCUCAUGCCGAUCUGGCCACACACAGAUUUUGGCAUUCUGACGUUGCUGGCACAGGGCACGAGUGGUGGGCUGGAGAUCGAGGACAAGAAUGUACCGGGUGGCUACUUACCGGUGCCGUUGGUAGACAAGACCGAGCUGCUUAUCAACGUGGGUGAUACACUCGAGAGAUGGACAAAUGGGAGAGUGCAGGCCGGGCUACAUCAAGUGACCGUUCCAAGCGACGUCAAGGGUGAGGUGUUUCCAGAGCGUUACUCGGUCGCUUUCUUUUUGAAGGCGAAUCGAGCGACUUCUGCAGGCCCGAUCCCACUCUUUGUGCCGGAAGGGACCACGUCCAAGUAUAAGGAGAUGACUGCGCUGCAAUACCAUGCCCAUCGUACAGCCAUCAUGUAUUACUGAUUGAUGAUGAAGUGAGGACUUAUACAGGACGGUAGCCGCGUACUUGCUGAGUCAUUGAGAACCGUCUGAGCGCAAUGAGUACUCGCCGAAAAUGUUCCAAGGUUUCCAUAGAACAGGUAUGACUGAUCUUUAAAUAAACACCACGUGACCA